CAUUCUGGUGUAAAAGGAAACAAGUCGUUUUUAUAUUUUACCACUAAACUUUUCAAUUUAAAUUAACAAAAAAUAAAACAACAUGGGAAAUGCUGACACAAAACUAAAUUUUCGGAAAGCAGUUGUACAACUGACAUCAAAGACACAGAUAAUCGAUGCUUCAGAUGAUAAUUUUUGGGAUCAAUUUUGGUCUGAAAAUGUGACUAAUGUACAAGAUAUCUUUACUUUAAUUCCUGCACCUGAAAUUCGUAUAUUAAGGGAAGAAGCACCUUCUAAUUUAGCUACGUUAUGUUAUAAAGCAGUGGAGAAGUUAGUGAAAGCAGUUGAUAACAGUUGUAGAACACAGAGAGAACAACAAACAGUUUUGAAUUGUUGCCGUUUAUUAACACGAUUAUUACCUUAUAUCUUUGAAGAUCCGGAUUGGAAAGGAUUUUUUUGGUCUAGUUUACCUGGUAAAGAAGAUGAAGAAAGUGUACCAUUGGCUCAUUCUUUACUCAAUGCACUCUGUGACUUGCUAUUUUGUCCUGACUUUACAAUAGCUGCAAACAGAAAAUCUGGUCCUGAUAAAGCAGAAGAACUACAAUCUAUAGAUAGCUGUGAAUAUAUUUGGGAAGCAGGUGUAGGAUUUGCACAUUCACCACCCAGAUAUCCAAUUUUAGAUUCAAAUAGAACCGAAUUACUAAAAUUAUUACUCACUUGCUUUAGUGAAACUAUGUAUAAUCCCCCUCUAGAUCUUUCAAUUACUCCAAACCGUUGGAUCCAGCAUUUAACCAGUUCUGAAAACAGACAUGUUUUACCUAUGUUCACAUCAUUGUUAAAUACAGUAUGUGCAUAUGAUCCUGUUGGACUUGGAGUACCAUAUAAUCACUUAUUAUUUACUGAUUCAUUAGAACCACUAGUUGAUGUUGCAUUACAAAUCCUUAUAGUAACACUAGAUCAUGAUACUAGUGGUGGUACUCCGUUAGAAGAAGGAAGUAUUGGAGAUAAUUUGUUCAUUAAUUAUUUAAGUCGGAUUCAUCGCGAUGAAGAUUUUCAGUUUGUGUUGAAAGGUAUCACCAGAUUAUUAAACAAUCCAUUAAUGCAAACUUACUUACCAAAUUCAACUAAGAAAGUACAUUUUCACCAAGAAUUAUUGGUGUUUUUUUGGAAAAUGUGUGACUACAAUAAAAAGUUUUUAUAUUAUGUACUAAAAAGUUCAGAUGUUCUUGAAGUAUUGGUACCCAUAUUGUACCAUUUAAAUGAUUCACGAGCAGAUCAAUCUCGUGUUGGAUUGAUGCAUAUUGGUGUAUUUAUUUUACUUUUGUUGAGUGGAGAACGUAACUUUGGCGUUAGACUAAAUAAACCAUAUACAGCUACAGUACCUAUGGACAUUCCUGUUUUUACAGGUACACAUGCUGACUUGUUAGUCACUGUUUUUCACAAAAUAAUCACAACUGGGCACCAAAGAUUGCAGCCAUUAUUUGAUUGUUUACUAACAAUUCUAGUCAAUGUAUCUCCGUACCUUAAAACUUUAUCAAUGGUGGCUAGUACUAAAUUGCUACAUUUACUCGAAGCAUUUAGCACUCCAUGGUUUUUAUUUUCAGCACCUACCAAUCAUCAUUUAGUAUUUGUUCUUUUGGAAAUCUUUAAUAAUAUCAUUCAGUAUCAAUUUGAUGGAAACAGUAACUUGGUUUAUACCAUAAUACGCAAAAGGCAAGUUUUUCACACAUUAGCAAAUUUACCAAGUGACUGUAACACGAUCGCGAAAUCUCUCAGUAAAAGACAACGUCGACAUGUACCUGCUAGUACAUCUAAUGAAAAUGUUAAUGAAGCAGCAAUGGAAGGUUCGCAUCCAGCGCAACCUGCAGAACCUGGAACAUUGAAAGCAACUUUAUUAGAAACCCCUGGUAUUGAAAAAAUGACUGAAAAAGAGUCUGCACAUCCAUUGAGUCCUUCAGUAAAUAUUGAUGUAGGAAAAUCUAAUCAUCAAAACAAUGUGAGCGCUACAGAAGAUUUAAUGAAUUCUACUAAAAACUCUGUUAUACCAAAAGGAGGAAUUAGGGUGGCAGAACAUAUGAAUUCUCCUAAUAAUGUAAAUCAGUGGGUCCCUUCCAGUGAAUGGGUAUAUCAAUGGAAAAGUAAACUUCCACUGCAAACUAUUAUGCGAUUGCUUCAAGUUCUUGUACCUCAAGUAGAAAAAAUAUGCAUUGAUAAGGGUCUUACAGAUGAAAGCGAAAUUUUGAAAUUUUUACAACAUGGUACAUUAGUUGGCUUAUUACCAGUACCACACCCUAUCCUUAUCAGGAGAUACCAAGCAAAUGCUGGAACAACUGCAUGGUUCAGAACAUAUAUGUGGGGCGUAAUAUACCUAAGAAAUGUCGAACCACCGAUUUGGUAUGAUACUGAUGUAAAGUUAUUUGAAAUCCAAAGAGUUUAA